AAUAUUAUAUUGUUUCCAAACUAAAUGGAAUAUUUACAAUAGAAAUAUAUAAAAAUAAACGCAAUAAACGUUGUAUUACGUGACGACACCUUUGAAUUAAACCGAACAAAUAAACAUGAAAUAACUUCGACGUAACCUCAUUAAUUUAUUUAUUACUUAAUAAAGGUCAUUGUUAUUUUGACUUCAAAUACGCAUCAGGAAAGAAAUAUGAAUAUUUCAUGUGCUAUUUGUCACGAUGAAUUGGAAAAGUGUAAUGAUAUAUUCGGAACUCCAUGUGGUCAUGUAUUUCACUUCCCGUGUCUUAUUCUAUGGCUUGAAAAAGCUCAAACUUGUCCACAAUGUAGACGGAAAGUAAAACGUGAUAGUAUAACAAGACUUUAUUUUAAUUUUUCAAACACUGAAAUUGUGAAAGAAGAUUCGUUCACACUCCAACAAAAAGUAGAUACUCUUUCAUUUCAAAUUAAGUUAAAAGAAACUGAAUACAAAAAUUGUAGUGAAGAAAAUGUUGUCUUAAAAAGGCAAAAUAGUGGACUUCGUGAUGAAGUUAAAAAAACAGAGAGUGAAAUAAAUCAGAAAAACUCUGUGAUAUAUGCUUUAAAAGAACAGAGUCAAUAUUUUAAACGAAAAUGUCAGGACUUUGAAAAAAUUCAAGAAGAAAAAAUUAAAUUAGAAAACAAGUUGGAAACGUAUGAAAAUGUAAAAAUCUUAGUAUGCUCUACCAGUGAAGAAGUGGAUAAAAUGUUAAGUCGAACUACAGAUAUUCCUACCUUUUGCACAUAUAUUAGUAUUAUGAAAAGGGAAUUAAGUACUAGUCUAGAAAAGAGGAAAGAACUUAGAAGUACAGUGAAAACUCUGCAACAACGAUUACAAACAUUAAAAAUGGAAAAGAAUUCUUUUUCUCAAAACUACACUAAGCAAAUUGAACAAUUAGAAAAUGAGCUUUCGUUAUGUCAAAAUGAAAAAGGUAUGUUGCAGAAAAGACUAGGGGAAUUAGAAUCGAAAGAUAAGAAUUCUGAUAAUCUGUUAGACGAGGCUUCCAAACCUUGUUCAGAAAAUGUUUCCUCUCGUAAACGUGAAAGUGUCGAAGCGACAGAUAUUGAUUCAGUUUCAUCUAAAAAAUUUCAAGGAGGAACAACUAUUAUGGUUUCGUCAGUUACAAAAAAAACUAAGGAAAAUGAAGAAAAUUCUCCUUAUCUUCCAACAAAGUCAAAAAGUAUUUUGGCAUUAAAGUCUCAGGCUUCGCAACGCAGUACAUUCCCAAUAAAAUCAAAACAACUCUCUUCCAAGAAAUCUUCAUCAUUAAAUUAUAAUAGCGAACAAGAUUCUGAUACAGUAUUUGAUGGAUUCGGGGGACAUUCAAAGAUGGAUGUAUUUCCUAUUUCUAAUCCCACAUCUAAUAAAUUAAAAAGACCUGCAAAUCAGCUAUCAAAAAAUAAAAAAAUCAAACUUAAUUUUGGUGGUAACAAACAAUUAGAUGAUUACAUCAUUAAUUUAACAUAAAAAUCGAAUUAUUUCUAAAUAUUUAUUUUUUAAUAGAAAUAUUUAUUUUAACGUAAUGAAGCUGCUGUAUACAAAAUCAAAUUCUUUUAUAACAUGUCAUGUUCGUAAAGAAAUUACGUAUUUCACGAUGAUAAUAUUUGUUUU